AGGGGCGUGGGAGAUGGAGGAGGGGCUGAAUGUGAAGGAGAAGGUGGUGGUGAGGGUGAGGGUGAUGGUGACGGAUGAAGGGGCGCGGGAGAUGGAGGAGGGGCUGAAUGUGAAGGAGAAGGUGAGGGUGAUGGUGACGGAUGAAGGGGCGUGGGAGAUGGAGGAGGGGCUGAAUGUGAAGGAGAAGGUGGUGGUGAGGGUGAUGGUGACGGAUGAAGGGGCGCGGGAGAUGGAGGAGGGGCUGAAUGUGAAGGAGAAGGUGGUGGUGAGGGUGAGGGUGAUGGUGACGGAUGAAGGGGCGCAGGAGAUGGAGGAGGGGCUGAAUGUGAAGGAGAAGGUGGUGGUGAGGGUGAGGGUGAUGGUGACGGAUGAAGGGGCGCGGGAGAUGGAGGAGGGGCUGAAUGUGAAGGAGAAGGUUAGGGUGAUGGUGACGGAUGAAGGGGCGUGGGAGAUGGAGGAGGGGCUGAAUGUGAAGGAGAAGGUGGUGGUGAGGGUGAGGGUGAUGGUGACGGAUGAAGGGGCGCGGGAGAUGGAGGAGGGGCUGAAUGUGAAGGAGAAGGUGAGGGUGAUGGUGACGGAUGAAGGGGCGUGGGAGAUGGAGGAGGGGCUGAAUGUGAAGGAGAAGGUGGUGCUGGUGGUGGUGAGAGUGAGAGUGAGUGGUAAGCAACGAUGGGUGAUUGUGGGAGUGAAGGAGGCUGAGAAACAAAAUUAGCAGAUAGGGGUGAAGAUGAGCGGUGGUGUGUGUGGCGGGAUGGUGUGUGGUGUGGAUGUGGAGAGGGUGGUGGUGAAGAAGUUUUGUGGGGUGAAGAGGGUGCAGAGCGGGAUGUAUGGGGUGAUGGAUCACACAUCUCUCACCAAGUGUUGCCACGUGACUGACUCGGACACAAUAGAAAAAGAGAUUACGCGCGAGACAUCGUUUUCUAUAAAUAAAAUUGCCUGUUGUGCUAUUGUUGUGUCCUUCAUUUAUCAUUCUUUUCG